CGUUGUUGUUGUCGUCGUCGUCGUCGUAGCGCGUACCAGAUGAAUUCUCAAUAUCCUCGUCAAGCGCAUGCCUGAAGAGAUAAAACUGUGUUUCCCAGAAUAACCCACACUCAUCCAUCAUCCGUAACCCGAUUGUUUCUCGAUUGAUAGGGGUUAAUAUGCUAUUCAUUCGACUACUUGUAAUUCUGGUAGCUGGCAUUAAUGCUGCAUCAGCAUUGCGCAGUUUUGCACGUGGUAGAAGCAAGGGUGGAAACCUAGGAACGCCGGUUCUCUCCAAAUAUUACGAGCUUGCCGAGGAUGAGUGGUUUGAACAGUUUCUUGACCAUUUCAACCCAACAGACGCUAGAACAUGGAAGCAGCGAUAUUUUACCAAUUCUGCAUACCACAAGAAAGGAGGGCCAGUCUUUCUUAUGAUUGGCGGCGAGGGAACUGCUAAUGCAAAGUGGAUGGCAGAAGGAGAAUGGAUUGAAUAUGCCAAGCAAUAUGGAGCUUUGUGUUUCCAAUUAGAACAUCGCUUCUACGGCAAAAGCCACCCGACUGCCGAUUUGAGUGUGAAAAACCUCAUAUAUCUGAGCUCUGAACAGGCGUUGGCUGAUCUUGCUUAUUUUAUCGAGGGGAUGAAUCUCAAACAUCAGAUUCCUGCAGGAACAAAGUGGAUCACUUUUGGUGGAUCUUAUCCGGGUUCUCUAGCUGCUUGGUCUCGCGCCAAGUAUCCUCACCUUGUUCAUGGAGCUAUGUCAGCCAGUGGACCCCUUUUGGCACAGAUUGAUUUUCAGCAGUAUUACGUUGUAGUCGAAGAUGCUUUACGAACCCAUUCCCAGGCAUGCAUAAACGCCGUCGCUGCGGCCAAUAAACAAGUUCAUAUCAUGUUACUUCAUCCUCUUGGACAAAAGGGUCUUGCGAAAAAAUUCAAGUUUUGCGACCCCAUCGACCCCGGUCACACGAAAAACAAUGAUAUCGCAAAUAUGUAUGAAUCACUGGCAAGCAAUUUUGCUGAGGUAGUACAGUACAACAAGGAUAAUCGUAAGAGUUCAAAAACAGCCAACAUAACAAUUGACACGAUCUGUAACAUCCUGGUAGAUGAGAAAAGAGGCACACCUGUUUCUCGUCUCGCUGAGGUUAGCAAUUUACUUCUUAAGGCAAACAAAGAAAAAUGCUUCGAUUAUAAAUACAGCAAAAUGAUCAGUGAACUUCGGAAUGUUAGCUGGGCUGAUGAGGCAGCAGAAGGAGGUCGACAAUGGACUUAUCAAACCUGCACCGAAUUCGGAUUCUUCCAGACAUCGACUGCGCGACCUUUACUUUUUAGUGAAACUUUUCCAGUUGAUUUCUUUGUUCAGCAGUGCACUGAUAUAUUUGGACCAAGAUACAAUAUACAUCUCCUGCAAUCUGCUGUCGAACGUACCAAUACAAUUUACGGAGCUUUUGACUUGGAUGUAAGCAAUGUCGUAUUUGUUCAUGGCAGUAUUGACCCAUGGCAUGCUCUUGGCAAGAUAAAGUCGACCAACCCUCAAGCACCAGCUAUUUACAUAAACGGCACGGCUCACUGCGCCAACAUGUAUCCUAAGUCGGAUAAUGAUCCACCACAGUUGACCGAAGCCCGGAAACGUGUUGGUCAACUGAUUGGCCAAUGGCUUAAGAACUGAAAGACUGAUUUCAAUGAUAUGCAUUGUGGACGAUAAUAACUCUAGAUCCAAGCCAAGCUAAUUAGAACAAGAUGUGAGUAACUUGGCAAACCGUGAUAAUGUUCUACAGACUGUGAACCUUAUAUGGUUAUAUUUUCUACAAAGUCAUGAUAUAUGUACUUAGUGAUUAAGUUUAAUCUUCAAUGUGAAUGUAAGUUUCUUUCUCAAUAUUGUUUAGUCUAUUUCUUUUUGAAACUCGUCAUGCAAUAAACCGUUUUACAAAGAUUAUUGAAAAAGACACUCUUUACUUAUUUGUCCGAUAUUUUAUAUGCAUGUAGGAUCACAUGCUUUUUAAACGUAAUGGUGAUUUUUAUUCAUCGAAAUCAAUUUUAAUUUCCUCCAAAUAGUAACGUGACUGAUUUACGAUGAAUUGGAAAUGAUAGCCCCACUUCUAAAUCGUACAAUUAAUUUCAUAAAUAUAUUUAUUCUAAUACGAUUGUCAAUACAUUGACUAUAACUAAUUUAUAUUUAUAAUAUACAUAACAUGCCUUAGAGUGUUACACCCACGAAUCUCUUUCAAUUUUAACACUGCGUCGUGCACGGAGUACAAGUCUUAAUAAUAUAUUCAGGUAAAGUAUAUAAGUGCCUAUAAUGGCAGCAGUAUAUUUUACCUUAGAAAUCGCGAAUGACGAAAUAAAUAAAAUUAUAAAAUCACUACGAUUACAGUGAUGUAAUUAGUUCUUUAAUAAUAAUCCGAAGUUCGUUGUAUGCCGAACUAUAAAUUCUUGUGAUGAUGACUGUCUCGAGUUUUUUCUUUCUUUUACGUCGGAGCUUGUUAAGUAAUAUCUAUCAGUUUUAUCAGGGUGUUUUAUUUUUAUUUCUCUUCCGCAUGAAAAACGUCGGCCUUGCCUUAGUACUGAAAAAAAUAUUACAUGAAAAAAGAAUUGAAAAAAUGGGACCCAAAAAUAAUAUCUGCUAUUUCAGAGUUAAUCGGUUCCCUCAAAGCAAGGCCAAGGUAUUCAUUUUGGAUUCCUUCAAUAUCCACGUUAGUUCAAAACCGUUUUGUUAGCUUGUGUACAACAUCAUUUGUUGCAAAAGAAAAUAAAAUUAAUGUAUUUUGAUGAUUUCGUUGUGGCCUAUAAUUAAAAUUCAGUAUAAUAUAGGUAAUUAAGUAUGUAUGUAUGUAUGUAUGUAUGUAUAUGCAUUUGAUCGUUGUAUACAAUUUCUUUUUCAUUCUUUGCUUUUUUGGCAUCCCUUGUGACCAGCAUUGACAAUAUUACAAUAGCAUAGAACUCUGUGAUAAGAAUAAAAUGAAUCAUUGCGAUCAUUGUGAUCAUAGUUUACUUGACCAAUUAAUUAUUAUUUACAUCAAUACAUCAGCCGAGAAAAAAAGAAUAAUAAUUUCAUUUCACUUACACGGAAAUACGAAGGUCGAAUAUUCUAUGCUGUUGUAAUUAGGCAUCUGUAUCAUUUCACAAAGAAAUGUGUUGAAAAA